GGCGGGAACUGAAUUAAAACAGCCCAAUAUACAGUACGCGUACCCUAUAGUCGUGCCGUGGCUUCAUUGCAACAUUCUCACUAACACCCUUCGUUCUUACGAUCAGUUCCCUUUGUCCGUUGCUGUUAGAUCUGGUUGCGUGACUUGAAAAAGCUGCGCCCCUAGGGGCUUCAGCGAGACAAUGGAGCAAGAUGGGGCUGCAGGAGGCGAAGUUAGCUUGAGCAUAGAGGAGACGAACAAGCUACGCAUUUCGCUGGGCCUGAAGCCACUCCGGAUCGACUCGCAGCCAAACCAGGCCGAAAAGGAGCGGCAGAACCAUGAGGCUAAGAAGCGCGAAGAAGCGGAGGCUCAGGCGGCAGAACUGCGCAGGAAAAUCGAGGCAGCCCGGGAGAAGCGUGUUAUGGAGGCCAAGCUGCGUUCAGUAAAGACCCUUGGCGCUGCUGACGACGAUGAGGACGAUAUGGCGGCCUGGGUGGAGAAGAACCGCCGACUUGAGCAGCAGCGCAGGGAGGAAGCGGCACAGAAGGCAGCUGCAGCGGCCGCGGCAGCAGCCGCCAAGAACAAGCGCAAACAGCGGGACUCUGAUGAUGACGAUGACGAGGAUGGCGGGGGCGGCGGCUACCGCGCCUCGGAGCUGGAGGGCCUGAAGGUACGGCACGACCUUGCUGACGUGGCCGAGGGCGAGACGGUGAUCGUGACGCUGGCUGACAAGCCGCUGCUGGACGAGCGGGGGCAGCUGCGGGAGGGCGACGAGGAGGACGAGCUGGAGAACACGCUGCUGGCUGAGGAGAAGCGGCGGCGCAAGGCGCUCAAGGCGGCUAAGAAGGAGGCCAAGCCGCUGUGGGAGGAGGAUGGCAAGGUCCGCACCAUCCUAGACAAGUACGACGAGGAGGAGGAGGAGGUGGUGCUGCAGCUGGGGGCGGGUGGGCGGCUGCAGCAGCAUGGGACGGCUGGGGGGGCAGGCGACCGGCAGCGGAGGCAGGAGGAGGUGCGGAAGAGGCUGGCGGAAGGUAACGCCCGACUCGCGGAUUUCAGCGGCGACGGCGGUAACGGCAAUGAUAAGGGUAACAAUGCCACGGCAGGCGGCGAUUACUACACCCCUGCUGAGAUGGCCGCCUUUGCCAAACCCAAGAAGGCUAAGAAGCCCAAGGGCGAGCGACGGCUGAGGGCCAAGAGCGCAGAGCCGGAGGAGGGUGCGGACUUCCUAGCCACCCUAGAAGCCCAAGCCGAGGAGGCAGCAGCAGCAGCAGCAGGGGGAGCCGGCGCCUCAUCUGAUCUGGGUCGGAGAGCCGAUCGCGGCUCCGCAGCAGCCCGAGCGGAAGCAGCCGCACGCGCCUCAGCCGAGGAGAAGCGCGCUCGCUUCGAGGCUGCCGUACAGCGAGCUAAUUGGGCCUCCCAGUUUCUGCGGCCGGCGCAGAAGGGUACGGCAGAGGCGGGAGUGGCAGCAGCGGCAGGGAGGGGGGCAGCAACGGCGCUGGUGGGGGAGGAGGACGAUGAGGCAGACCGGGAGCUGCGGGAGUCGCUGGAGAGGGCUCGACGGCUUGCGCAGAAGAAGAAGGAGGAGGAGGAGGCGGCACGGCGGGUGGCGGUUAAGAAGGAGGAGGGGGAGGAGGGAGGAGAGGGUAUGGAGGUGGAGGGUGGGGAGGAGCGCAAGGUGGGAGGAGGAGGAGGGAGUGUGGAGGAGGUGGCGAGGAUGGCUGCUGCGAGGAGGGAGGCGGAGAAGGGGAGCAAGGCGGGAGGGAUAGGUGCGCUGUUCGCGGACAUUGGUGUGGUCAAGCCCGAGGCGGACGGCAGCGGGGGGCCGCAGCAGGUCAUCACGGAGACCAUGGAGUUCGUACGGAACAUCACGGCGGCGCCUUCUGCAGCAGCAGCGGCAGCAGCCGCCAAGCCGCAACCAAGCGCCGGCGGCGCCGGCACUGCCUCCGUCGGCGGCGCCGCCAGUGGCGGCGCCGGCGCUGCGAGUGUUCGCGCCUACGCCGACGGCGACGGAAGCGACAUUGACGACGACGGCGACGCGCGAAUGGGCGGCGCCGGCGGCGGCGAUAGCGACGACGAAGGCGCCGGCGGCAGCGGUCGCGGUCGUAGUGAGGAGCCGGCGGCGGCUCGUACGGGAACCUGGGUCACGGCGGAGGAGAUGGAUGCGGAGGCUGCGGCUGGCGACGGAGGCGGCGAUGGGGCGGCUCGUGGCAACAAGCGGACACGGGAGGGGUCGGAGGGGCCGCCGGGAGAAGGAGGACGGGGAGAGAGGGAGCGGACGCCGGGAGCAGCAGCAACAGCGACAGCGGCGGUGGCGGGUGUGAUCGGCGAGCGACCCGUGGGUCGUGGCCUGGCGGGUGUGUUGGGGCUGAUGAAUGAGAAGGGGACGUUGAAGGAGCAGGUGGAGUGGAGCGGGCGCAACAACGACAAGAGCAAGAAUGCGGUGCUGGGCCUGGAUGACGUGUUCACGGGCGGCCGCAACGAGGACCGAGUGGCUCGCGCUGUGGAGUCGGCGCUCACAGUGCGCGACAAGUACGGCAGGGUGCUCACACCCAAGGAGCGAUUCAGGCAGAUCUGCUACUCCUUCCACGGCAUCAAGCCCUCCAAGAACAAAAUCGACAAGCAGGCGCAGCGCGACGCGGAGGAGAUCGCCGCCAAGAAGGCGGCCACCAGCGAGGACCCCUCCGCGGAGCUGGACCGCCUGCGCGCAGUGCAGCGAGUCACGGGCAGCGCGUACGUGGUGCUCAGCGGCAAGAAGGCGGGGCUGCCGGCGGGGGCAGCAGGAGCGGGGGGAGGCGGAGGAGCGGAUAGUGAUGAG